AUGAAGGGAAUCUUUAUCAUGGUGAAUCAAAAAUUUUCGCUUUCAGCUGAAGAGAGCAGUUGGUGCGAACACGUCGAUCUUAGGAACUUUGCCCAUCCCUUUGAAUUACCGGAUUUUCGUGAAGCUGAAAGUGGCAUGGUUGAGCGAAUGAUGAAAAUUGAUUCUCACUACCGGAAUCAUUCUCGCCACGAUUUUCCUCGUCAGCUCUAUACUUUUCCCUUAGAAAGCCACCACUCAACCAUUCUUCAAGCUGUCUAUUCACUCUACCGUUCCGACUCUAGUGUAUCGCCUAACUGGGUUUACUGUAAAUCACCUGACAUUACUUUCGUACCCGGAAAAAUCUCUUGGUUCUUCUUUGCUUUGGAUAGCUGCAGAACAGAGGAACCGUUUAAGGAGAACGGAAAAGAAAAUUUCCGACCUGUUUAUUACCGCCUUGAAAUGCAAAAUGGAAAAGGCGGUGGGAAUUUGUUUCGAAGACACUUUUCCCUUGAUGACUUUGGUAUUUGUAAUCCGACUAUAUCUUCGUCCCCAUUCCAUGAGUUCUGUAUCUUUAAUAAACUGUUUCUCGCUUACAGGAAGUUUGGAAACCGUUUUAAUCUUUUGGGUGGCUUCAGUUGGAACGCUUUUUAUCGGCGGUUGGAUAUUAAUAGCUAUGCAAACCGGUGUCUUAUCGGUUCUACAGUAACGUCGAAAGAAAAGCGCCAUCUACGAUAUCCGCUGCUUCUCUUCUUCGGAGUGUUCCUCUUUGCCUUUUUGAAGUGGCUUUUCGCUCUCAUGUGUAUGGGUCAUCUGUCCAAUGCUGGUCGACGACCCAUGUGGUUGGAGAUCAUCAGUGACCUUAUGGGUGGUGUCACCAAUUGUGCUUUGGUGGCUUUGCUGCUUCUUCUUGCUUCUGGCUAUCGUAUCGUUCAUAGGGAUCCUGGCAAGCGUCUGACAAUCACCCUCCUAGCGACAGUGGGCAUUUAUGGACUCGUUCAAUUAGCAUGCGGGAUCACGACCACCUUGGCCUUUGAUUCGGGUCGAGCUAAAUAUCUCUUCCAAUCGCCGACGGGCUAUACUUUGGCUGCCUUAAAUGUAGUCGCGUGGCUCACCUUUCUGUUGGUCGCAAUGUACACGAAUACUCAUUGGCCUGCAAAGCGAGUCUUCUACUUGCAACUCAUUUGCUUCUAUUCAGCUUGGUUUUGGGUUCUGCCAAUAAUUCUUAUCAUCAAUGGUGACUACAUUGCCCUGUGGCGUCGUCUGGCGCUCCAUCGGUCGAUAUCAAGCACAGCCGAUUUCGCAGCUCAUGUGUACAUUCUAUACAUCUUCUGGCCAACCAAUUUGGCCCGAAUUUUCAUUCAAUCCGAUGCAACUGGAGAGGGAGAUGUCGCAAGUCUAACUCAAGCGCCUCGAACCUCGAUCACGCCAUUAACAGUGCCUCCACUCUCCACUACGGCGAAAUCACCGCGAAGCAAGACGUCGAGAACUGAGUUGGACGAUAGUGGCCAGGUUCUGUCGAAGCCCAAGGAAUCAAAAACGCCCUCAGCAACGCCACGAAAAGACGAGACACCUGACAAAGACACCAAAUCAAACUUUCUAAAGAAGCUGAUACAGUAA